AUGACCAGACGAAUCGUCUACGGCAUUUCCCUCUGGGUCUUCCUUGGCGCCGCCGCCUGCUCCAUCGCAUCCGUCGCCCUGCCCAACUGGGUAUCCUACACAUCCCCCACCGACCGCGAACCCAUAAGAGUCUCCUACGGCCUCCAUAAACGAUGCUCGUCCAUAACGGGCAAGUGUACUCCGUUUCCGCAAGACGAGGACUGUGUGGGCAAUAACAGGACGUUCUGUUCCAUGUGGAGGAGUACGGGAUUCUUGAUGAAUUUGAGCUUGAUGUUUGAGCUGGCGUGUAUUGUGGGAUAUGUCACGAUUCUGUUUGGUGGGCGGGUAGUAAGGGAGAGUGGGUGGAAGAUCUUGUCGGGUUUGUUGGGGUUGGUGGGAGUGGCUCAGUUGGUUGCGAUGGCGCUUGUGGCAUAUCUCUACGACCACGACAAUCGCUUCUUCGUCGGCUGGGAGCUGGGAAAGUCGUGGGUGCUGUGUACCGUGAGCUGGUGCGCGCUGUUCGUUAACGCACUUGGUGUGAUUGGGGCUGCUUUCCUCGCGCCCAAAGAAGACGACUACGAGCAAAUCCCCGAGCCUCGAUGA